UUAUUUCUGACACCCACCUAAAUUUUACAACGUCCAACAAAGGGGAGUGGCUUCCGCGUAAAAGCACUCAGCCGCUCCGCAAGCAGACCAUUCCUCUUCCUCCAUUCCAUUCUUUCCUAACCCAUCAAACGCAGCUUCUGAUCAUGGCUUCUUCCCCCGCCGCCCCAAUGUUUCUCCGGCGGCGGACGCAAGCUCCGCGCCCCGCUGCUCCGGCCCCAUUACCCGGAGAUUCAUCCGAUGACGACGGCGAAUACGACGACCUGUGCUGCGAGGAAUGCGGAUCCGGUGACUCUCCGGCCGAGCUGCUUCUCUGCGACAAAUGUGACAGAGGGUACCACCUCUUUUGCUUGAGACCCAUUCUCGUUUCCGUCCCAAAAGGCUCCUGGUUCUGCCCUUCUUGCUCUAACCAGAAGGAGGUCAAAUUUUGCCUGCCAUUGACUAGGCUGCACAGCUAGACCCAAAAGAAAGAUGGGGGCUUUAUGUUAAUAUAAUCAUCGGGCCACGAGAUUGCUGUCCAUUUGGCUUGCUCGAUAGGCGGACUUCAACAUUUCCUCUGGUCCAGACCAAAAUUGUCGACUUCUUUCGCAUCCAGAAGCCUUCAAAACCAAGAAAGAAACCGGUUGAGGAUAGCACAAAGAAGCGGAAAAGAGCGGGAAGUUUAGUCAUGUCCAAAAAGAGAAGGAAGCUAUUGCCUUUCAACCCAAGUGAGGACCCUGACAGAAGGUUGGAACAGAUGAGAUCACUUGCCACAGCAUUGCUAGCCUCUGGAACAAGGUUUUCUGAUGAUCUUACUUACCGAAGAGGCAUGGCACCUCGGUCUGCAAACCGAGCAUCUCUUGAGAAGGCAGGAAUGCAGGUCUUGUCAAAGGAAGACACCCAAACCUUAAAUCUGUGCAAGAGAAUGAUGGAUAGAGGAGAAUGCCCACCACUUAUGGUCGUUUUAGAUCCUCUGGAAGGGUUCACAGUGGAGGCAGAUAGAUUCAUCAAAGACUUGACCAUUGUCACGGAGUACGUUGGUGAUGUUGACUACUUGGAGAAACGUGAAGACGAUGACGGGGACAGCAUGAUGACACUGCUCUCGGCUGAUGACCCUGCCAAAAGCCUCGUCGUUUGCCCUUAUAAGCACGGAAAUGUAGCUCGAUUCAUCAAUGGAAUCAACAAUCAUACCCCCGAGGGGAAAAGGAAGCAGAACUUGAAAUGUGUGAGGUACGAUGUCGAUGGCGAGUGUCGAGUUUUGCUGAUUGCGAUCAGAGAUAUACCAAAGGGAGAAAGGCUAUACUACGAUUAUAACGGGUAUGAGCAUGAGUAUCCAACCGAGCACUUUGUUUAGCCUCUGCUGGCAGUCUAACAAGCUAACUAUAUAGAGAAUCCGUCGUCCUUCGCUGCAACUUGCAUUCUUGGUAAACAGGAGUUUGAAAGAGAGAAAAAUUCAUCCUCCUCCUAUUCUAGUUUAGUCACCAAAUUUUUGCAGCUGCAUUGUUCUUCACAAGAGUUGAUCACAGGAUCUCACAAAGUUGUGAUGUAGACUUUUUGAACUAUCAUUCUUGAGAAGCCUCUAUAUUGAAGCCAUUUCACAUAACAUCCUUGUCAGCAUUUGGAUUGCCAGCCCUUUGCUUGCAAGAGCACAAAGCUCUCCAUAGGAAAGCUUGCUGGGUGUUCUUAGUUGGGCCAGGAGAGCCAGAUACAG